UUUUGAUUGUUUUCAGCCUGUUAUGAGUUCACGUUGGCGGUUAUUAGAUUUCAACUUGGAUAUAUGCUAUCGUUUACAUCUUUCUUUUUGGUGUAACGUCAAUCAUGCUGAAGAUAUUCAAUCAAAAAUGCUUGCAAAAGAGCUUCCUACUCUUGAAAAUGCUUCCCUUUUUUUUGUCAACAGCGAUAUCAUCAUAGAUGUAGUUCAGAUCGAAGCAGCUGUUACUCAAGCUUUAAUUCAUUAUAAUGAUAAAUCUUCCGGUGGUAUGUAUACACGAGAUUUAGCUACAGAGAUUCUAUAUUGCCUCAGCCCGAAUCGAUCAAUUAAUCAUGCACUGGAGACAUUUGGAAUUAAAGCAUCUACCAAGGAAUUGUUUGUAGGCAUCAUCUAUUCUACAAAGUUUUAUCAAUCAAACGAUGCAAUUUUACAAGACUAUUUAUUAAAAAUUGAAAAUCUAAUUCAAGGUACUAUUUAUACUGGUUCAUUAAUACAGUUGGUGAAAAAUACUGAUGCAGUUUGUAAAGAGUAUGGAAUAACAAACAUUGAAAGGAAUCCAAUCAAUCAGUCCGAUGAUCCUCAUAAAUCAUUAAUCGAGAGUAUUUUAGGUCGUAUGGCAUCAAGAGAUCUUUUAAGACCUUAAAAUUGUAAAUAAUCAAAUGAUACAAUUACAAUGAUGAUAAUUUCUAUUUUGUAUGAAUUCAUUGUAUUAUUUCAUACGACACUGUAAUUAUGCAUACGAAAAUGAAUAUAGUUUUUUACU